UAAACUGAAGACGACGCAAUUCAACGGAAGUUCGAGUCCAAUCUGUGUCUGUGAUUGUGAAGCGAACAUUGUCAUGGCAGAAAAACUCGAGGAACAACCCAAGAAAAGUAUCUUAAAGCCAGCUAGGCAUUUUGAAGACCCUGCAAAUAGACCGGAGGAUGGGAUUAAGUGGGAUGAGAUGAACAUCCUAGCAACGUACCAUCCGGCUGAUAAAGACUAUGGGCACAUGAAGGUAGACGAACCGGACACUCCCUAUAAUGAAUACAUUGAGACGGAAGACGGUGAAGACGAGCACGAUGGAAUGAACGAGCAUGCUGCAGCAACGCUCAACGCAACCGAACUCAACAAAAAAUUAGAGGGAUCAUCCAAGAAAAGAUGGUGGGAAGAAGAGAAUGCAGAGGAAUCGAGUGAAGAAGAUGAGGAAGAAGGAUUGACAGAAGAAGUAAAAGAGAAAAAGAGAAAGUUUCGCAGCAAGAGGAAGAAUCAUUAUGAUGAGGCGUACAACAUCAAAUUGGCAAAGGAACUGAUAGAACAGGAGCUAAGGGAGGCCGAAGAGGAGGAAGAGGAAGAGAAACGAAAAACUGAAGGUUUGACGUCACAAGACGGCUGUAAUCAACAAACGGAUGAAACAUUAGCUGAUGAUAGUAUUGCCAUGCAAACGGGCGAUUGAACCGAUCCUUAUGGGCAUCUCUGACCUUUGACCUGUGAUGUAAGGGCUUAGGUCACGGACAUACAUAGACACUUGUAAGUGCCAUAGCAGAUUGCUGUAUCUUGUUCAUGUAUGAAUCAGUUGAUUGCCAUGCAAGUGGGCGGUUGAACUUUUCCUUGUGAACAUAUGUGACCUUUGACACAGUCUUUACAGUUCAUUGGUCACACACAUACGCUUUGAAGUGUUACAUCUCGUUGUUUUAUCAUGUAUGAAUCAGUCGCUAAUAUUAUUGUCAUACAAGCUGGUGAUUUAUUUUACUUGCUUGGAGAACUGCGACCUUUGACCUGCACAUUUAGGGUCAAAGUUCACACUUGCCAUAGAUACUAAAUAUGCUAUGUAGCAGAUAACUGUAUCAUGUACUAAUGCUGAUAAUAGUAUUGCCAGGCAAACUGGUGAUUAAUCCCGCUCUCUCUCUGAUGCCCCUUGACCUUUGACCGUCUCUUUAAAGGUCAAAGGUCAUAUAGAGAAUGGCUUUAAUGUGCUGUUGUAUAUUGAAUGUUGAGAUAAUUCAGGAGGAGCAAUUACAGGUUACUCUGAUCUGAGGAUCUCAUCAUUUUUGAAUUCGUACAUACUUGUAAAAUCAUGGUGAAUCAGCCUUAUGAUUUAUAGUGUAAACUAGAAAUAUUUCUGACAAUCACAAAAAAUAUAUAUAUAUGUUACAUUGAAAGUCCCCUGAGUGUGAUUUUAUAGAUUUAUGAUGCAUACAUGUACAUUAGCUUACCACUAACAUCCCCCAAACUGCCAAUUAGUGCCACAAAUUCAUUGCAUAAAGCUGCAUUUUUUUUUACUGCACUAUAAUUCCACUCUUGAAUUGAAGGAUAUAUUGCAUGGUGCAAACAAUCUUAAAUCUCUUAUUGUUAAAAAGAAAACAAUGUGCUUUCUUUCUUCCUUUUUUUAUGUUCUUUUAAAUUCUUUUCCUUUUCUUUUUCCUCUUCUUUUUCUUCUCCUCCUUCUUAACCUACUCAAUCUCCUCCUCCUUUCUUCUACUUUUCUCUUUCUUUUAUUUCUGCUUGACUGAAUAUUUGCAUGAAAUGCGAGGCAAAACUUAAGCUCUGCAAUACACCUAGAUUACAUGUACAUGUGCAUUGCAGGGGCCAGGGUAUGGCUUAAUGUUCAAAGGUUUAAUGAAUAGAAUAUUCUGUGCAAUUAAAUUGUCAUGAUUUGAUAGUCAAAUUCUCAAAAUCCACUAUAAAGAAGCUUCAACUGAGCAGGGAUUUAGUCAAGGCCGGUACUUCGAAUUUACAAGAUCGCCGUGAGGACCUUCCCCUGUAGAUCUUGUACACAUUACUCGGGCCGAGACCAAGGCUAGCAAAAUUCGGCCUCAACUACAUCCCUGCAAUGGAAAGUUCACAGUCUACGCAAAGUCUAAAAGUGAUUCGCACUUUAACUGCUUUUGAUUAUUUCCUUUACUUAAAAUGCCAAAGAUAUAUGUCAAACAUUACCAUAUAUAUUGCUUUUAAUUGAUGAAGUCAUUGCAUUUCUGAUCAUUUAAAAGUAUUUGCAAAAAUUUGAUUUUUGUUUCCAAUUGCAAUUUUUGCCUUCCAUUCUUGCUACUUCCAGCAAUUAAUCAUGAAUUCAAUUUUGAAUUAAUUUGUUUUCAUUAUUAUCAUAAUUGUUAUUAAUUUAUAUUGAUAUAACCAGUAUAAAUAAUAUCUCAAAUGCAAUCUGAUAGCUAAAACACUUAGGACAGGUGUCACUUUUGGUGAAUACUAAUUAGAUAGCUUGUUCACCACUCUUCGAGAAAUAAUAGGGCAGCACUUUGGAGUAAUAAAAAUCAAGACCACCUUUUUACGGAGCAAAAAAUAAAACACGCCUGUUUAUGCUAUGCUACCAAUAUAUCUGCCAGAUUGAAUAAUAGGUCAAUUUUUGUCUCACCUGCAUAGCAGAGUGAGACUAUAGGCGCCGCUUUUCCAACGGCGGCGGCAUCAACACCAAAUCUUAACCAAAGGUUAAGUUUUUGAAAUGACAGCAUAACUUAGAAAGUAUAUGGACCUAGUUCAUGAAACUUGGCCAUAAGGUUAAUCAAGUAUUACUGAACAUCCUGCCUGAGUUUGAGGUCACAUGACCAAGGUCAAAGUUCAUUUAGGGUCAAUGAACUUAGACCAUGUUGGGGGAAUCAACAUCAAAAUCUUAACCUAAGGUUAAGUUUUUGAAAUGUCAUCAUGAAUUAGAAAAUAUAUAGACCUAGCUCAUGAAACUUGGACAUAAGGUUAAUCAAGUUUUACUGAACAUCCUGCUUGAGUUUCACGUCACAAGACCAAGGUCAAAGAUCAUUUUAUAGGGUCAAUGAAAUUUGGCCAAAUUGGGGGUAUCUGUUGAAUUACCAUCAUAACUUAGAAAAUUUAUGGAUCUGAUUCAUGAAACGUUAACAUAAGAGUAAUCAAGUAUCACUUAACAUCCUGUGCAAGUUUCAGGUCACAUGAUUAAGGUCAAAGAUCAUUUAAAGUCAAUGAACUUUGGCCAAGUUAGGAGUAUUUGUUGAAUUACCAUCAUAACUUUGAAAGUUUAUUGGUCUAAUUCAUAAAACUUGGACAUAAGAGUAAUCAAGUAUCACUGAACAUCCUGUGCACAUUUCAGGUCACAUGACGAAGUCAAAGGUCAAUGAACUUUGGCCAUAACAGGGAUAUCUGUUGAAUUACCAUAACUUUGAAAGUUUAUUGGUCUAGUUCAUAAAACUUGGACAUAAGAGUAAUCAAGUAUCACUGAACAUUUUGUCCGAGUUUCAGGUCACAUGACCAAAUUCAAAGGUCAUUUAAGGUCAUUGAACCUUGGUCAUUUUAGAGGUAAUUAUUAGAUUGCUGUCAUAACUUUCAAAGUUUAUAGAUAUAGUGUAUAAAAUGUGGAUAUAGGGGUAAUCAAGUUUCACUGACAAGUUUUAGGUCACAUGAACAAGGUCAAAUGUCACUGAACGUAGUAUUGUAUCAUUAUAUGAAUGGUGUAAUUUGUGAAUAAUUAUUUUAUAGUAGUUUUCAAAGCUAGCACUGUUGGUAUAUUUAAUCGCGUGAUGCAGGUGAGACCGCCAGAGGCAUUCCACUUGUUUUGUUUUUAUUGUCAAAAUUGUCUGGUGAAAUUGAAAUAGAGUGAAUGAUAUUGUUAUCAUCUUUUAAUUGAAAAAACAAUAUUAUUAGUACUAGCCGUCAAGAAUAGGAUGCUGACACAUGUCCUUAUGACAAAAUCGACUCCAUAGUUAUACCUCCACAUCGUCCUAUAUUUACCACUGAGGAUUACUUUAGUAUUGUUGCUUAUAUAGUCAAAUGUUAAUCAAAAUCAAAUAGGAAAUAAGAAAGUUUGGCAUUUUUUUAUUCACAAAUUGUCACAAUGCUGUAGCCUAAAUUUAAUGAAAAUUAGAAAAAUAAGAAAGUUUGGCAUAUCUUAAACUUCACAUUUUCUCUCAAUGCUAUAGCCAGAAGUCAAUAGAAAUCAAAUAGGAACUAAAGACAAUUUGGCAUGUUUGAUAUUAAAAAUAUUUCACAAUGCUAUGAUUUGCAAAUCAAAUGAGAAACUGAAUGAUGCUGAUUUUGGCAAACACACGUCUCACAUGUAUAGAUUCUUGUUAAGCAAAAUCCAUGUAUUAAAUUGAAUAGAUCUGAUUGGCUAAACUUUCAAUUCCCAAUAAAAUCAGAAUAAUAUCUUAUGAGUAACUAAUAAAGCCUAGUUUUAUAUUAUUGCGAGAGAGAAAAAAAGAGAUGUUUGAUUACUUUGAUACACUACUUCAAAUGUUCAAUUGCAAAUGAAGUAAUGAAUGUGUCACCUCAAAUGGUCUCUCAUUACCCAUGAAAGCAAAUACCCCCCCCCCCCCCGAAAAAGGCGAAUAAAAUGAAAAAGGCCAUGACAUUCUUGUUUUGCAUCCGAUUUUGAUUAAAUUUUCUGUGUUGCAUUUUUUCUUUUAUAUUCAACUUGACUUGGGAUUUAGGAGAUCUUGGGGAUUUAAGCCUCCAUGGCCAUGAAAUCAUACAAUAUUUACAAAAUGAUCAUUUAAUAUGAAAACAGAUUCAGGUACUUUCCUCUGAUCGUGAUGUGAUUUUGUGUUUUCCCAUUUUCUGUUGUUUGUUUGUACACAAUCACACACGUUACAAAAUUCCACAAUGACAUACUUUGUUAAGUUUGAUGUAUACUUUUGAUUUGUAUAAGCUAUUAUUGGUUAACGGGAAUUGUAAGCAUUUUUGUUGAGUUUUGAUUUAUGUAUCACUUUUGCUAUUAUCAUGCAUAAACCAAGUCACUGUAUGAUCUGUUUGAGAAAAGAAUGUAGAUUUACAGCAAUAGAUGAAGUAGAUAGGGAUUUCUUAUACAAGGAGUGUUCAUACAUGGAUUUAUCUUUUACCUGAAUGUGAAGGUUUACAGUGUGAACAUUACUGAUAUUUAUCCAGAGAUCAGCUGUCAUGUGGGGACUGUUCCCACAUGAAUUCAACGUUCAUGCGCCUUAAGUUUGAACCCACUUUAAUAUAUGUUACAGGUCAUAGACAUGUCCUCAUUUCUUCAUAUUAGUUUUGUAGCAUUUGCAGGAUUUUAAUUGUGAUUUAAAAAAUUAUUACUUGCUGCAUUUACUUGGUUUGGUUGACUUUUUCAUAAACAAAUAAGCAACUCCUGAAUUUUUUUAUUCUCUAGUUGAAAUAGACCAUAUAAUAUUGGAAUGUUUAAAUAUUCGAAUGAAUGGACUUCAUUUAAUCUACAUACAUUUCUUUGCUGUCUUCUAUUGAAAUACAUUGUCAUAUCCUGGAGGCCGUUUCAUAAAAGCUAAAAGCUGUUUGUAAGCUAAGAGCAUCUUUGCGAGCGAUUGGUGAACCUUUCUUACGUGCUAAACCAUCGCCAAUGAAUAUACCAUUUACCGCAAGAAAGGUUCACCAGUCGUUCUUAAAGUCGCUCUUAAAUUACAAACAGCUUUAUGAAACACCCACCUGUCCUUUGAAUUUUUUAUGAUAUUGAUAAUUAUAAUAAUAAUAAAAGUGAUAACGACAAUAAAAAAUUUGAUUAUGAUAAUGAUUGUAGUUAAUAACAAUAAUCAUAGUAAGAAUGAUAGUAAUAUUCAUAAUGUUUCAAUUAAUCCUGUUGCAAUCACUGGUUCUAACACUGCUAAUACUAUUGUAAUUGCAUUCAAUCACAAAUUACAUUUAAUAACAACAAAAACACCAAAAACUAAAUUUCGAAAAAAAUUAAGGUAUAAAAGAAGGCUGACUUUUUCACAUGUACUAUCUAUAAUAUAUUUAUCAUGUUUUCUCACCAUUUAACUAUUUCAAUAUAUUUGCUAUAUAUUUAAAAAAAAACAGUGAGUGCAUAGCCUCUGUUUUUUUUUUACUAACAUGGCAAGAAAAUGUCUCCUGUUUGUAAUCACCACACAUUCAAAUACAGAAAAUAUACACCUAUAUUGUAGGUAUAGGCAUUGGACUUUGCCUAUAAUUAGAAUCGUGGGAUACAUUUUUCCAGUUCUAACUUUUACUUUGAUCAUUUUCUUAAAAAAAACAUUUAUUUUCGUCAUAGAUGAUAUUUGAUAUUUUCUUAGUUUGAAAUCAUAAUUUUGCAUCAGCAUAUUUGUUUAUUAUGAAGAAAAGAAUAGGAAUAUAAUUUCAGUAUUUUUGUUGUAAGAUGUUUAUUUCAUGAAUUUAUUUGUGAAGAGAAAAGUAAGUAAUGUCAAGUAAAAUAUUUACCUUUGCGUGUGGAUUUCAUUAAUGAAAUAAAGCUUAAGUAUGAUAAAAAAGAAA